AUGGCGUUAAGUAAAGUGUUUACCCAAAGUGACAGAACAAGAUUUGCGAGACUUGCUUUGAUCAUAGUAGAGGAGUUGACGCCUAUUUUACGAGACGUGUUAGAGAAGGAAAUUUCUCCUAGUGUUGUAUUCAAUAGAGUCAAAGCAAAUACACCAUUGUUUAAAAACAUUCGCAAAGAUCAGCUUCUUAUUAUCCAGAAUGCACAUAUUGAUGGUUACAGAGACUUUGACAUAACAUUGCUUUAUACAUUGAUACGCAAUCUUUGUUCCAAUAUCCCAUCUCCCACACAAGGAUGGGGGAUCUCAAAUAUGCCCUCUGUUGGAGAGACUACUCUUGGGGAUGACAUAGAACGUAUCCGCUUAAUUAAAGACAAAUUGUAUAGCCAUGUUUCUAGUGCGUGUGUUUCCGAUACUGAAUUCUAUGAGUAUUGGACUGUCAUGUACGGCUUGUGUCAAAGAACAGGAAAUCACUUACAUAAAAUUUACAUUCAGAGUCUUCAAUUUGCACACUACCGACCAAUAAAUGAGGAAUUAGAAAGGGAGUGGAUGGAGAAAAUUAAAAAAUCAUAUGAAAGUGAGAAGGAAAUGCUUGACGUUAUCAGAGAACUAACACCUUCAAUGAGAUUAGAAAAAGGAUUUUUUUCUACAUCUCCAAAAGUGAAUGCCCGAGCAAAAGACCCAACAAAGAAAGAACAAGCAGAUAUUUUACUGAAAACAACCAUUGACCUUUUGAAUCACAUGGUAGACUGUAUCAAUGAAGUUACAACAGAAGAGGAGUUAAAGGAAAUUUUUGACACAGUAGAAAACCUUUUAAAGGAAGGAUCAAACGAAAUAAUACGGGACUCCAUCAAACCUUUCUUUGACAAACUGUCAUCAAAAAUAAAAACCUAUGCAAAUCAGCACGUACGAAAGAUCAGUAUUCUGGCAAAAUUCACGAAAUUUGUCAUCUUUUUAAGAACAAAGUAUGGCGCUGAUAUGAAAAGCUAUCAAAGCAGUUUAUUACCUCACCUGACAUUUCUUUCGAAAGAGGGAUAUAAACUUUAUGAAAGGGACUUAGAGAGAGGAGAGAUAGGAAAAGAAAUUCUUGAUUUGCUUUUAUACCCAGUAUAUUUAGCUUGUUUCGAUUUAAAAUCUCACGAUCUGAUAAUAUCACUAAACAACCAAACAAUCUAUGAUGAUGUUGGAGAAAGAAAAUAUCAAGGUCUCCAACUUCCGGAAAGUGUAGGAAGAAAGUUCCCUCCAACAGAUUGGAAAGGAAGAUAUAGGCUGCAACAUGGGGUGAGCAAUUUCUUCAUUCUGGAUACAUCAGAGACCAUGGAUGAAGAAGGUUUUAAACAGAUGAAGGAAACAUUUGUUUCAAUGAUUGAAAGUUACGCUUUGCAUCCGAAUUUGAAUGAACGCGUUGCAGUGAUACACUUUGGAAAAGAAAAUAAAUAUCUUCAUUAUCUUUCCAACAAUUACGAAUCUUUGAAGCGAGUAUUAGAUGACGCCUCUUGUUCGGGUCCAUCUGAAAUGAUUGAGGGGUUUCUUUUAGCUAUUCCUGGUUUGGAAGAUCUGCAAUGUAUGACCACUGUUGGCUUGUUUACUGUCCGAGCAAGAGUGAUCCUCAUUUCGGAUGGAAGAACAACAACUUCAAGCUUCUCAUAUUCAAAUCGUUUUAAUCAUCAAAUUGAAGAAGACCACACGAUGCAUCUCUUAGAACAAGUGAAACAAAUAGGGAACAAACAUCCAAUAUUCUGUGUUCCAGUUGGAAAGGAUCCAAAUAUUAGUUUACUUGGGACUAUUGCCCAUGGAUCUCUGGGAGGAAAACUCGUGUAUCCUGAAGAAGCAAGAAAAUUUACCCAAUACACUUUCGGAAUGAUGAUAGCGACAGAGAUAAUCGGUGAAAUGCCAACAACAAUGUGUUCUAUUGAUGACGUUAUAAACAUUAUGUUUUCUUCACGACAUGAGAGUUAUGUAACGGAACAUGAUUUAUUA